UACCCAAACAGUGAGAGCGAGGCUGGGCAAAGAUGCUGUCGGCUACUUUCUUCAUCGGUAAGCUGUUGCAGCCUUAUAUACAGCUAAAUCCGGAUCCACCAGCUCCCAAGCCCGCGCAGGUAAUUAAACCGGCAGCCGCACCAGUCACUCAAGCAGCUCCCGUUCAGAAAACAUCCCAACCCAAACCUACAACACUGCCGAAAGUUGUGCGAGCUGCACCGAAAGUUACCACCACUCCCAAAAUGACAGAAGAAUGGGCCCAAGCACAAGUGGAGAAGUACAAGUUUGACUUUGACGAAGCUGACAAGGACAAAAGUGGGAAUCUUUCAUUUGCUGAGGUGAAAACUGUCUUAGAGAACAGAGGUUUCUGCGGCAGCGAAGCUGAAGCCAAGAAAGUGUUCGAUGGAAUUGACAUGACGAAGGAUGGAAAGGUGACACUUGUCGAGUACAUGGCCGCCAUUAAGAAGAUCCCCAGAAGUGCCAUGAAGGAAAUGGCACUGAGGCGCGCCUUCAAGAUCCUGGACAAGGACAAGAGUGGGUUCCUCACGAGGGAUGAGGUCAUCAACGCCACUAAAACUUUGGCCGAACUCAACGUCUCCUCCGAAAGAAUUGCCGAACUUCUACAAGCUCUCGCCAAGGAUGCCGACUCGAAGCUCGACUACGAAGAAUUCCUGGCCGUGUUUGGUAUCCAGUUGACUGCAGAAAUAAUGCGUUCUGCAUUUCGUCUUCUUGACAGAGAUGGCAGCGGGUUUAUUACAAAAGAUGAACUCAUCAAAAGCAUUCAGUCGGAUGCGGAUCUCAACAUCAAAGCUGAAAAAAUAUCUGAUUUGCUAAUUGCAUGGGUAAAGGAUGAUGACAAGAAAAUUAAUUAUGAGGAAUUUGUCAAAGUAUGGACCCAGCAGAAACCAGUAAAGAAGUAAAGUUGAUGAUUUGAGAUUUCUUCUAGCACAAUCUUUACCUUAAUGUCUUUCUCUCCUCCUUAUUAUCUUAUGACCAAUCAGUAUUAUAUCUCAUAUUGAAUCAAAUAUUUAAUAAAGAUAUUUAUAAUCA